AUGUCUUUUCAAUCUAAUAUAAUAGGCCUUUGCGCUACCGCUGUAGUGCUACUGAUACCACCAUUAGCGUGGCACUCGCAAAGCAAAAAUAUACCGGCAAUAAUUUUGAUAACAUGGUUACUUCUGAUGGAUGUCACAUUUCUGAUUAGUGCUGCCAUUUGGAGUGGGGAAGAAUUUGCAACAAGAUGGUCGGGCAAAGGUUGGUGCGACAUUAUUACGAAGCUGCAGGUUGGUGCUAAUGUUGGGAUCGCGUGUGCUGUCACAACCAUUGUCUCGAAUCUGCACAUCGUGCUUAAAGCUGAUAGUGUGAUCCCGGAGGUUAAUUCAUGGAAAAAGAUUUGCCGCGAUUUGGUGAUGUGCCUCGCUACGCCAAUUACCGUUAUGGCUCUGUCUUAUAUCGUUCAACUAUCAAGAUUUGGCAUAGGACGCUAUUAUGGCUGUACUAAUCUUCUAUCUCCCACUUGGGUCACAACUGUAUUAUAUACUAUGUGGGCUUUGAUUUGGUCAGCAGCAGCAGCCGUAUACGCAACGUUGGUAUUAGUUAUCUUCUAUCGAAAGCGGAAAGACGUUAGGGACAUUCUCCAUUGCACCAAUUCAAAGUUAAAUUUAACAAGAUUUUCAAGAUUGUUGAUAUUUUGUUUCCUCAUUAUUCUAGUGAUUUUCCCAUUAGCAGUUUAUGCGGUUGUAGAAGAUAUUAGAAAUUUAACCGGUACCUACAGCUUUAAGCAAACUCAUCAACCUUAUAUGUGGAGAACAAUUAUCAAGUUCGAUCAAGGAAAAAGUUUUGCAAGUGUUUGGCUGUACAUCCUGAUGUCACUGAUGGUUUUCUUUAUAUUUGGUUUAGGAACUGAUGCGUUACAUCUUUAUUCAAAUUUUUUGAAGAAGAUUAAACUUGGAUUCAUGGUAACAUACAUCGAGGACUCUAUUCAGAAGCACAAGGAUAAUCGUGUUGCUAAUAUUUUGAGCAAGCUAGCUUCGUCUACCGAAAGUCAAGAUUCGUCAUUUUCCGAUUCAUCGUUGGAAAAGGGGUCUGGUGAUUACUCGACAUAUCAAUCAAGCACGCUUGGGUCUAGAGCAAAUUUUUAUAUCGAUUACAGUACACCAAAUGAUAAGAAAGCAAGAGCUAAUGCUCCUUUUAGAUCCGAUUUGAGCUCAAUAUUCAAGUGUGAAUCAAAAAAUACUUCAACCAUAAAUCAUAAUGUGAAAGAUGCCCCCUUGUCAACAAUUGUGAGAUCGGUGGAUACAAACAACAUUCCCGACGAUUUCGGUUCUCAUUCUUUUUCAGACUGUUUUGAAGACGAUAAAAAACUGAGGUCUGAAAAAGGCAAAACCGGCAUUGUCAGCUACAUAUUCAAUUCCGACGAGAGUAGAGAGUUUGAUGUUACCGAUCAGACACUGCCAGACCAGUUUGACAAGUCGCAGGUAAAAUUUCAUUACAAGGUACAGAGAAAAGAAUAA